AUGGCCUUCGGAGACUCGAAACCCUCCUCGGGGACGGAAUCCUCGAAGAAAAAUGCCCCGAUAAUGCCAAGUGGAAAGUCGAACGUUGUGGCGCCGGCCCUUAGUGAGGAUAAUCAUGUAGAGCUCGGUGAUAUGACACCUCCAGAGCGGCCCGCAGAUAUAAUGCAACUCGCUCGGGUAGGAGACAUUCAAGCGAUGGAGAAGCUACUUGACAAUGGUACUUUUGAUGCUACGUAUUGUGACGGCGAGGGUAUAACGCCUUUACAUUGGGCGGCUAUUAAUAAUCAGUAUGCCAUGUGCCAAUUCCUUUUGAAAGCUGGUGCAGAUGUGAAUAAGAAAGGAGGAGAGUCUGUAGCUACAGCAGCCAUGUGGGCCGCUCAGAGAUGCCAUUAUUAUGUUGUUCACUUGUUACUGGAAAAUGGCGCCGAUCCUCUGAUUACGGAUGUUCAAGGAUACAACAUUCUUCAUCUUGCUACGUUUGAAGGGAAUAUCUUCCUACUUGUUCUUCUGUUACACCAAAACAUCAAUGUCGACGUACUCGAUACCCAAGGUCACACCUGUUUGAUGUGGGCGGCGUACAAGGGAUUACCAAGUUGUGUGGAUUUGUUCUUGAGAUGGGGCGCGGAUGUUCAUGCUACGGACGAAACUGGAUUUACUGCACUGCAUUGGGCGUUGGUUAAGGGCUCCCAGGGUGGCUACGAUGAGGAUGCCAAACCAGUUGUUAUCAGCUUCCCGAUGUCUUCGUGGUUGUUGAAGGACAAGCGUGCAUUCAUGAACAAAUUCUUCUUUUUCUGGCCUUUCCUAAUACUUUGGUCUAUGAUUAUGAUCAGUAGUCAAAUGGUAGUAUUUAUCGGGGUGCCUAUGGCUUUGUUUUUUGGGUAUUCAUUACAGUGGUUAGCCCAGCAAUUAUUAGAGUAUGCUCCUUCAGAUAUGAGGCACCUGCAUAAAACGCCUUGGCUUGCAGGAAUUUUUGCAGCUACAUUGUUUUGGGUUGGCGUACGAUGGUUAACAACCUUGUUACCAGCUACCUAUGGAACUUAUCCUCUUUCGAAUUUGUUAUUCUUCACCUUUUACAGUCUUACUGGAUAUUUCUACUUUUGUUCAAUGGUAUACGAGCCUGGUUUUGUGCCAAAACUGGGUGGUUUAACUCAACAGAAAGCUGUAAUUGAUGAGUUAUUAAGCGCAUGGAAGUUCGAUGAGCAUAACUUCUGCGUUCAUUGCAUGGUUAGACAACCCCUGAGAAACUUUGAAGGUUUCGCUGGGAAAGGCGAACAAGAGUGUAACAUUCUUUCGCCUUCAUUAUGCGGUAUUGUCAACUCAGACUCCUACACUUUGGUCUUGGUAUUGUGGGCAAUUUUACAAUUAACAUGGGUCACUAUGUUACUAUUCGUCCAACUGAUCCAGAUCUCACGAGCAAUGACCACUUGGGAAAAUAUGCGUGGUACACACUCAGGAGGCAAAGCUUCCCAAGCAAUCACCAAUGCUCUUACCACAGGUGCUACCUCGCGGUCAGGCAGUCAAAUCGGAAACACUGGACUUGGCCCCGAUCCCGCUCUACCUCCAACCCACGCACCAGGCGGCCAUGGUCAUCAUCACGCCCAUAAAGCUGGCUGUUUUGCACAAUGGAAGAAAAUUCUCGGCGUGGACACAUUUGUCGAAACCGCGUUCCAUGGCUACGAAGGAAGCAAGAAUCGACGUCGGGCACCCCAGAACCCAUUUUCUCGUGGUUGCGUCCGCAACUGUAAAGAUUUCUGGUGUGAUCCUGCGCCAGUUUUUGGGAAGAGAGAAAAUGGUGCUGCAAUGUUGGGUGGUCAGGUAAUUAAUUACACGAAGAUGUAUGAGACGCCAUCGAGGAUGGAGAUGAGAAGGGGUGGGGAUGAUGGAGGUGCUUAUGAGAGUGUGGCUGCUGAUGAGGCGGUUUAA